AUGAAAGUAAUUUUGGCAUUCCUUUUGAUUGGUUUUGCUCUUGCUAAUGAUACCAAAUGUACCUACGAUGGAAAAGAAUUGAGUAAUGAUGAAGUUAUCGUAAGUUUUAUAAACAAAUUUGUAAUCAUAAGAAAAGUUUUAGACCGUUCAAAAUGCUUUCCAAAUCAAAUGUCUUACUGAAGAUAACGGAUCAUGGAAGACAGAAAUUGUUGGUUGCGUAACUCCAGGUGGUGAAAAAGUCAAUGUUGGCGAAAAAAGUGAUGAUGGUCAAAAAGUUCACGAAUGUAUCAAAAACGAAAAUGGACAAGUUGUUCUCAAAGAAUCGCGCGGAACCAAAGCCGAUUGUCAAGGAGGACACAAAUCCGGAGAAACUUGGACCGAAAAAUCAUUCAAAUUCACAUGUGCUGAAGGAGGUGUCACUAAAUUCACCCAUUGUGUUACAGCUGAUGGUGUUGAGAUUGAGAGUGGAAAAACUGGAAAGGUUGGAGCUAUUGAGAUGAAAUGUGAACAACAUGCUAAUGGAACUGUUUCGAUGAGCGCUGCUAAUGAACCAAGUUCUUAUGAAUGUGAAGCUAAAGAUGGAACCAAGAAAAAGAAUGGUGAGUUGGAAAACUAGUUAGGUUUGAAAAUUAAAAUGACCUUCUGAAUUUUUCGCUUCAAAUUUUAACAAUUUAUAAAUUUCCCGGUUGAUUUUUGGAACUUACAAGUCUCAAAGGAACCCUAGAAAUAACCUCGACAGAAUUCAAUAAAAUCUUUCCCAAAAAAUCCAAAAAAGAAACUCACUUCCUCACUAAACCUCCAAAUAGAAACAUCAAAAUGAAAUGCAUUUUUACUCGAAAAAAUGGGAGGAUUUUUAUACAGUCAUCAUUUUUGUUUGCCCGCAUUUUUCUUUCGCAAAAGUCACGUUGUUUGAGAACAACUUUAUUGCCAACAAUUUGUUUUUGCAGGAGAAGAAUACAAAGAGGGUAACUUUGUUCGUAAAUGUGGAGAUUAUGGAAUUGCCAAGAUUGUGGGUUGCUCUGUAUGUUACCCUAACUCCCUCUCUUUUUUUCGAACAAUCAGAUUAUUUAGGCCGAAGGUGUUACUGAAACAAUCCCAAUCAAUCAAAAUGUGACUGUUGGUGAUUUUGUUCACAGUUGUGUCAAGGAUGGCGAUAAAUACAGUUUCAAGACAUUCGGAAAACAAAAGGCAGCCUAAGAAUUCUCCCCGUGUUUAUUUUUAUCUCAAACAACUAAUUCUGCUUUAAUUACUUACUGUACGCUGUGCGAAUAAAGCUUUUCUCAGAAUUUGUUACUCAACAAAAAUUGCAUGUUUGAAGUGUUCUGUUUUUUUUAUUGAUCCUUAAUUAUUAUUUUCAGAAAUCUAACGUAGUUCCACUUUGCGGACACGAAGGAAAAACUUAUAAACAUGGAGAAACUUUUGUUAGUUAAUAAUUUUGAGUGUCAUUCAGUAGAAAGUAGAUUUUAGAUCAAGCAAGAUGCAUUCCGCGUAAAAUGUGUCACAUAUCCAAAUCUCACAACAGAACAUCAAGUUUUAUCCUGUAUAACUCCUGCUGGAAUUGAAAUCCCAAUUGGAAGAAGUGUUGAGGAAGGCGAACUCAUUUAUGAAUGCACAAAUGGAGAUGUCUCAUUGAAAACAACCCCAGGCAAAACUGCAAAAUGUAGAAAAAUUUAUAAUGUCGGAGAAAUUUGGAUUGAGGGUCUUUUCAAAGUUCGUUGCGAACCGUAUGGCAAAUCUUCUCUUGUCAGCUGUCUCUCAAAAGACGGUGUUGAGAUUCCAUUGGGACAACAAAGACGAAUCGCAGCUGGUUAUGUUAUGGAAUGUGUGAUUGUUGGGGACAAUGUUAUUAUGAGACCAGCGAAAGAAGCAAAAUGUCAAACAUCUUCGGGAGAAACGAAAAACAUCAGUGGGUUGUUGUUCUUGUUCCAGUGAACAAAUGUUUUUUUUUUCAAAUACUUGAAAAGUAAUGUCAUUCUUCUAUGGAGCAUGUUUGCUGUCAUAAUUUUUUUUUCGAAAAUAAUUUCAGAUGACACUUGGAAUGAAGGAAACUUUGUUCGACGCUGCGAAUCUUAUGGAAUCGGAAACAUAAUCGGAUGCCAUAUUGAAAAUGUUGGACCAAUUGGUAUAAAUACAAAUUAUACGCGAGGGGAUUAUGUUCAUAUGUGCUUGAAACAAGGUGAUCAAUUCUAUUUCAAAACUGUUCCAAAAUAA